AUUUUCAUAUGAUGCGCUUGGAAAAAUAUUUGUAAAGCCCAAUUAAAAGGAAGGCAGCAAGGGGAAGAGGAGCCUAGGUUUUCUUUAUUGGUAUUUUUUACACUAAAAAUUGGGAAUAUACUCAUCGACCCCGGCACCAAUUUAUCUUAUGUUGCAGUGAUUUCUUCUCAACUUCUUCAUCACCGAACUUGGAAGAUCCGUUGAUCAGCUAAAAGUUAAAAUUCCAGAAAAGCCAACCUAACAUACAUAACACAUGGGGAAAAAGAAAGCAAAUAAUCAAGGGCUCAAUGCAGCAUCUGGAUCACAACGACAAAUUUCCAUGAUGAUGGGGGAAGAGUCAACUGGGAAGAAACAGGGCAACGUGAAUGCGCAAUCCAUGUUGAAACUCGAUUACAUGAAGGAUAUUGCCAUAUGGGCAAGUGUAGAAGCAAAGAUUCCUCCGCUCGGUGCUUUGUAUGGCCGGCAGUUGGCUGCCUCCUAUGAAGCAUUGGGAAUUCCACCUGACCCUUCUCUUUUCUUUUGCGAAAGAUGUGAAUCUAUCCUCAAACCUGGUGAGAAUUGUACAGUCCGGAUUGAGAAGAACAAGGCAAAGACAAGGCAUAGACGCAAUAAAAUGAAGAUUUCCACACAGAAUAAUGUGGUUUACACAUGCCAUUUCUGUUCUCACCGAAAUAUUGUGAGAGGAACUCCAAAGGGCUAUAUGAAAGAGAUUUGUCCGCCAAAAGCUAAACAAUUUUCAAACUCCGAUCCUGCUAAAUCUGAAGUAGCAUCUACCAAUAUUGAGGCUAAUGAGGUGGACAAUACAGUUGGUUUACCUGUAGCAGCAGUUGUAGAGGGACCUAGCAUAAUUACUGAAGUAGGAUCUACCAAUAUUGAGGCUAAUGAGAUGGACAAUACAGUUGGUUUACCUGUAGCAGCAGCUGUAGAGGGUCCUAGUACAAGUAGCCCGGGAACUCCGUUGCCAAGUCUGGGUGUUUCAUUAUUGGAAUCAAUGAGGAGGAAAAGAAGUAGGUCAAGCAUAAAGAAAAUAUCUCAAACUGAAAAUAGUCUUGCUGAUGCUAAUGCUGAAAACAGUGUUAGUGCUUCGAAGAAGAGGAAGAGAAAAUCUUGGACAAGUCUGAAAGACAUUGUGGAGAGUAGCAAGAACGAUACUAACCAGAAGCUUACCAGCUUAACAAUUCCAUUUUGAUUAAUGUCAAUGGUUUGAAUGUGCUAAACAAUUCUAUUUUUAAUUUUAAUUAUGGUGAUGCCAGUGCGGUUUGAAUGCGUA